UCGCGCUUGCGCAGUCCCAUUCUUCUUUUUCUUGGAAGUACCCCCUAAUCCAUCACACCAUGGCAGACCCUGAACUUGACUUUACCACCGGAGAGUCUGGUGCCUCCGCCACCAUUCCUAUGCAGUGCUCUGCCCUGCGAAAGAAUGGUCACGUGGUGCUAAAGGGACGCCCCUGUAAGAUUGUGGAAAUGUCCACCUCCAAGACCGGAAAGCACGGACACGCCAAGGUCAACAUGGUGGGCAUUGACAUCUUCACCAACAAGAAGUAUGAGGACAUGUGCCCCUCUACCCACAACAUGGAUGUGCCCCACAUCAAGAGGAAUGAGUUCCAGCUAUUGAACAUCACUGAUGGGUUCAUGUCCCUCAUGGGUGACAAUGGAGACGUGAGGGAGGACCUGCGUGUGCCUGAUUCAGACCUGGGCAAGGAGAUAGAGCAGAAGUUUGCUGCUGGUGAGGAUAUCCUGGUCUCUGUGCUGGCCGCUAUGGGGGAGGAGUGUGCUGUGGCCGUUAAGCAGAUGACCGGCGGCAAAUAGAAAGACAGGACUGGGCUGCCCAGGCAACAAACUCCACCCACAACCAGUCUAGCAUUCUUAUUGGUUCUUCUAUCUGUCACCAAAGCGACGGCCUUCAGACAACUUCAAUCAUUCUGUUGUGAUUCCUUUUUUUUUUCUUUUUUUUUGGUUUUUCUCUCUCCAACGCUGUCGGACUGUCCCACCAUUACAGUGACUCGCUCGCUGUUGGGUGGCAUUCUGCCGGAUCGCUGAGGUUUAGUUAUACAUAAUCUACAAUAUAAAGAAAAGUACUUUAAAAAUAUAGAUUUUCUUUUUUGACUUCCUCAUUCCUGUUUAUUUUUGCCUUCGAGAUGUUUUGGUAUUGCCACAUACAUUCCUGAAUGUUUAAAAUAAUGAUGGGAUCCAGCUUUUUGUAUGUUAUUUUUUUUAUAUUCCUUAGAUUGAAUAGAGCCGGUCUGAUGCCUUUUAUGGGGAGAAGGGAGGGGGGGAGCUUUUUGACUGGUGGGAGGAGGGGGGCUGGAGGCCCCUUUUACUGACCAACUCCGUUGGGGUUGUCCCUCUCUGGCAGCCUUACUGCUGCUUCCCAGCAUGGCCUCUCCGCUCUGGCUGAUCAGACAACUCCAACGCUUUUCUCCCAAGCCGCGGGAACGUCGGUGGCUAGCGCUUAACGAGCAGUCUUAACCGUCCCACCCCAGCAUUUUUAAAUAAACCUACGAUAUCGAGAAAAGAGAACAUUAGAGAAGAUGCUAAAUAUGGAACCAAACUUCAGUGAUUUCUCUUGUCAAUGCCGCUCUGUCUGUUUAGGAAGCUGAGGGCCCUGUGCGCUUACCUCUGUCACCGCGGCAACCUGGCCCUGCGCCGGCUGCCCUGGGCAUCCCAUAAUAGUUGAGUCUGAGGUGUUAGUGUGGCAGCGUGGGCUUCCGGAAUGUUCUGGAAGGCAGUUUGCAGUGAGGUGUGUAUGAGGGCAGGGGGGGUGGAGUUGCAAACUUAUUUUGUUCACUCGAGGCCUUUGUCACCUGACUGGAGAUGGCAAAAAAAUAAAGUUAAAACAAAUAGAAAAGUUUUCUUGGUUGUGGUGGUUUUCAGUUUUGUUUUCUCGCUAGAAUGUUCCACUGUCAAUGCCUGACUCUGAAGUAAAAUAAUGAUAUAGCAAUGGAUAGGUUUGAGCUUUGGUUGGGAACUCUGCACUGUCCAAGUUGCCUGGAACAUAUGGUAUGCUACUCUGUAUACGCAAAAUGUAAAGUGUUGGUCCCAUGUUUCAUGAGCUGAAAUAAAAGAUCCCAGAAAUGUUC